AGCCACCGUAGUAUGAGGUCACAAUCCAAGAUGGCGCUUCCCGUGCGGACUAACUUCAAACAUCUCUUCAGAUUCAUUCACAAGAUGAAUUCUCCUAAAAGAUUACUCUGCUCUGAAGCUUGUGCGGGAGAAAAGGAGCCUCUGGGAUGUGGGCGCGUAUUCUCAGGGAUCCAGCCAACCGGGGUGCCCCACCUGGGCAACUAUCUGGGUGCCCUGGAGAACUGGGUAGCCCUGCAGAACCAGUAUCCUUCAGUGCUCUACAGCAUAGUGGACCUGCACUCCAUCACACAGCCUCAGGACCCGGCACAACUCAGGAGCAACAUCCUGGACAUGGCAGCCAGCCUGCUGGCCUGUGGCAUCGACCCAGAGAGGGCAGUACUCUUCCAGCAGUCUCAGGUGUCCGAGCACGCUGAGCUCUCCUGGAUCCUUGGCUGUCUGACCAGCAUGCCCCGCCUCCGACACCUGCCGCAGUGGAAGACGAAGAGCAAAUUAAAGAAUGAAGGCAGUGUUGGUCUCUUCACGUAUCCUGUCCUCCAGGCCGCCGAUAUUCUCCUCUACAAGUCCACUCACGUCCCCGUCGGAGAGGAUCAGGUCCAGCAUUUGGAGCUGGCUCAGGAUCUCGCUCGCAUCUUCAACAACCGCUACGGAGACCUGUUCCCUGAACCCGCCGCCCUGCUCAGCUCCACGCGAAAGGUCAAAUCCCUCCGUGACCCUUCCGCCAAAAUGUCCAAAUCUGACCCCCAAACGAUGGCGACGAUUACCAUCACAGACUCCCCCGAUGACAUCGCUCUCAAGCUUCGACGUGCUGUCACCGACUUCACCUCUGAGGUCAGCUUUGACCCGGAGACUCGGCCGGGCGUGUCCAACCUGGUUACGAUCCACGCCGCCAUGGCGAGGAUCAGUGAGGAGGAGGCGGUGGCCCAGGCCCGAGGGCUGGACACCGGUGCCUAUAAGAAGCUCGUCACGGAGGCUGUGAUCCAGAGGUUGACGCCCAUCAGGGAGGAGAUCGAGAGGCUGAAGUCGGACCGUGCUCACCUGGAGGGAGUGCUGGCCCGGGGGACCCGCAGGGCUCGGGAACUGGCAGCACCGGUCCUCAGAGAGGUCCGACAGCGAGUGGGAUUCUGCUGAGAGGCAGCUGGCAGCCACAUUAACAGUAUACUGCAGGCCGUGCUCAGUUGACUUCUGCUGAUAUAGAAUUUAUUCCAAUUACUGUUUACAUAUCUGAGAUAUUCAAGGAUGUAACUUGUGAUGUGACUCAGUGUAAAAAGACUCGACUGCAGAGAAACGGUCUAAACUGAUUGACCGAAGACGUAUUUGUUAUUUAGUAAAUCAAUGAGGAGGCUGUGUCUCUUGAUGCGGUGGUAACGUUGGUCUGAAGCAGCCAGACAAGAAGAAAAUACAUCACUUUUGUGCUUGUGUGUACUAAACACUCGUUCUGAAGACAUUGCGGUUUAUUUAUCUACUCAUCUUUUGAAUUUUGGUUGUGUUUCCCCAAAUAACACACAAUAAUCUUGAUAUUCUUCAGCAUAUUUUGUCAUAGAGUAGAUUUCUUGUCAUCAGCGUUUCUGAUGCGUUUCAACAGUUCUCAGUCAAACUGUAAUGUCACCAAAAUAAUGACACAUUUACUUAUUAAAUUAUACUUAAUUGGUUUGAGAGUGAUCAAAUGUAAGUUGGAUUUAGGUCACAGGUGUUGAGAUCUGAUGUUGUAGCACAUGUCCAGAGUUCUGUUCACACUGGCAGCUCAAUCAGAAGUUUGUAAAUCUAGACAGGAAUCAGAUUGGAUUUUUGAAAUCAGGACCGACAAAGACGAAAAGACAACAGAAAAAAUGAAAACCGAUUUGUGCAAAUAUCCAGAUUCAAACCAGACUCAUUGGUGGUUUGACACCAACUUGUUUCUCACAAGUGCUUUACAAAUCCCAAAUAAAUGGAAGAAUGGAGACAAUUGUGAAAAUACAAAUAAAAGUACAAACUCAACAGAAUGCACCCUGACUACUACAGAUAUACAGUGUAUAACAUUUGAUAAUGAAUAGUUUAUUUUGAGCAACAUACAAAAGAAUAAACAAAAAACAUAAAAUACAAGACAAAAGCAUUUCACUAUGAAAAAAGAAAAAUCAAGAAUAAGCUAAAUAAAUAAAUAUUUUUAAAUAAAUAGUCUUGUCCCAAAGGGAGUAGGAGGAAGCAAAAAUGCUUUUCGGGUCCUACUUUUUUUGAAAUGUCCAUACCUUUUACAUCUUUAAUUACAGAAAUAUCCCAU